AUAAUAUUGCCCGCCACAGAUAACAAUGAAGAGAGCAACAAACCUCUCUUAAAACUUUCUAAACUUCUUCAACUUCUUGCAUCAAAGACGAGCAAUUGAUGCCUACUUCACUUUCACUUCAUCUCUUUCUUAUCACAUGGCUUUAGUACCCAGUCGCCAGUUCUACCCGACACCCACCAUUUUCGAUUCCUUUCAAAACUCCUUCUCAAGAUUCCACGGCACCCACCUCAACUUCUUCAGGUACGCUCACUCUAUUCCUAUCAAAAAUCACUCCUUUUAUCAUAAUUUAUCUUCAGAUGCUGCCCCUCAACGGAACCCACCAAGGAAAUUUUGUUCUUUCUCCAAUACCAAUCAUAAUGAUGUAAGUUUAUGUUCUAGUGGGGAAUCUGGCGAUUGGUUAGAUAAGUGGAAGAAAUCCAAUAAAGAUAAUCGCCCAAAACCGCCUCGGGCUGCGUUGAAUUAUAGAAAGAAUAAUGUAAGUUUGCCAAGUUUAGGCUAUUCGAGAAGUAGAAGGGAUGGUAAUAGCAGUGUUGUUGAGGAUGGUGGUGGUAGUACAAUGGGUAAGAUUGUAGAGAAAUUGAAAAAAUUUGGGUACAUAGAUGAUUGUGAUGACAAUGAGAAGGGAGUGAAAGAACAAGAGAGAGUGAUUGAAAAAGGAUCUAUAGAGGACAUAUUUUAUGUGGAAGAAGGAAUGUUGCCGAAUACACGAGGAGGGUUUUCGAAAGAAUCACCAUUGGGGUUAGGAGAGGUGGUGGAUAGUGAUGGAAAGGUGAGGUUUCCAUGGGAGAAGCCAAAGGAGAAGGUAGAGGAUGAGAAAUUGUCAGUAAGGAGGAAAAGUAGGACUUCACUGGCAGAGUUGACUAUCCCGGAGUCUGAGUUGAGGAGGUUGAGGAAUUUGACAUUUCAGACAAAGAGCAAGACAAUGAUUGGGGGUGCUGGUGUUACUCAGGCUAUAGUUGAUGUAGUUCACGAGAAGUGGAAGACAGCAGAGAUUGUGAGGUUGAAAAUAGAAGGGGCCCCUGCACUUAAUAUGAAGAGGAUGCAUGAGAUAUUGGAGAGAAAAACUGGUGGGUUGGUGAUAUGGAGAUCUGGCACUGCUGUUUCUUUGUACAGAGGUGUGAGUUAUGAGGUUCCUUCUGUGCAACUGAACAAACGGAUGUAUAGGAGAAAUGAACUACCUGCAAGCUCCUUAGCAAGAGCUCCUGAUAAACAGAUAUAUAAGAGAAAUGAUAGAUCUAGUUAUUCCUUAUCAAAAGCUACUGAUGUUCCUGCUCAAGAUCCUUCCACAUUUGGCUCUUAUAAUAUUGUGCAUUCACCUGAAACAAACCUGGAAAUGACUACUGAGGAGCAAGAUAGGGAAUCAGUGCCAGAAGUAAAGUAUGAAGAUGAAGUAGACAAGCUAUUAGAGGGUCUGGGUCCCAGGUAUACAGAUUGGCAGGGAUGUGAACCAUAUCCUGUGGAUGCAGAUAUGCUUCCUGGUAUAGUUACUGAUUACCAACCUCCAUUCAGAGUGCUUCCUUAUGGGGUGAGAUCUACUGUUGGACGAAAAGAGGCAACAAAUUUGCAAAGGCUUGCCCGUGUUCUUCCUCCACACUUUGCCUUAGGUCGAAGCAGGCAGCUCCAAGGUUUGGCUGUGGCCGUGAUUAAAUUAUGGGAAAAAAGUUCAAUUGCCAAGAUUGCUCUUAAACGUGGUGUACAGCUCACUACGAGUGAGAGAAUGGCUGAAGAUAUCAAGAAAUUGACGGGUGGCAAAUUGCUCUCAAGAAACAAGGAUUUUCUGGUUUUCUAUCGGGGAAAAGAUUUUUUAUCACCAGAUGUCACUGAAGCAUUAUUGGAAAGGGAGAGGCUGGCUAAGUCUCUGCAAGAUGAAGAAGAGCAAGCUCGGUUAAGAGCAUCAGCCUUUGUCUUGCCAAGUGCUGAAGUAAGUGAGCAAUCAGGUACUGCAGGCACCCUUGGGGAAACUUUGGAUGCAAAUGCUAGAUGGGGAAGGAUGCUGGAUGACAAUCAUAAGGAAAAUGUGAUGAGAGAAGCUGAAAUAAUGAGACAUGCCAGCCUCGUCAGAAAACUGGAAAGAAAGCUUGCUAUUGCUGAACGAAAGCUAAUGAAAGCUGAACGAGCCUUAUCGAAAGUGGAGGAGUUUUUAAAACCAACAGAAAGACAAGCAGAUCCUGAGAGCAUAACUGAUGAGGAGAGAUUUAUGUUUCGCAAGCUUGGUUUGAGGAUGAAGGCUUUCUUACUUUUGGGUAGGCGUGGAGUUUUUGAUGGUACAGUGGAGAAUAUGCACUUGCACUGGAAAUAUCGAGAAUUGGUUAAAAUUAUUGUGAAGGUGAAAACUUUUGAUCAGGUUAAAAAAGUUGCAUUAGCACUUGAAGCUGAAAGUGGGGGUGUCUUGGUUUCAGUGGACAAAAUCUCCAAAGGUUAUGCUAUAAUUGUAUUCAGGGGAAAGGACUAUAAGCGGCCUUCCAAAUUGAGGCCAAGAAAUCUUUUGACAAAGAGGAAAGCUUUGGCACGUUCAAUUGAACUCCAAAGACAUGAGGCUCUUCUAAAGCAUCUUUCCCUUCUGGAGACGAAUGUAGGGAAACUAAGAUUCGAAAUUGAACAAAUGAACACCGUGAAAGACCGGGGAGAUGUGGAGUUGUAUGACAGAUUAGAUUCUGCUUAUGCCACUGACGAUGAUGACAUUGAGCAAGAAGGAGAUGAUGCAUAUUUAGAGACAUAUGACAGUGGAAAUGAUGGUGAAUAUGAAAGUGAUAACUCAAUUCACAAUCUCCACACAGAAACAAACUUCCCUUAUCAUGAACAAGAUCAGGAAUCAGAAACUGAACCUGUAGAUUCUGAAGAUGAAGAAGCAUAUGCUCUAACCAAUGAGUCUGAAUCAAAACCAACAACUUAGGGAAAGAAGUCAACAACUUUUAGUAGACAAUGGAAAGGAACCGAUCAUCAAACAUACUGUAUUAAAUCAGUAGAUCUCAAUGUAUAACCUGAUUUUGGCUGGCCCUUCGUUAUUGUAUAGAUAAAUUAUGUAACUCUUGUCAUUGUUUAGGAAAAACUGCUACCGUUUUUUAUGUUAGCAGAUGAAAAUCAUCUUAAUUUAAAAAUAACUCUGCCCAAACACAAAUACUAAUUUAAAGAGGUAC